CCACCAGCCGCAGACGCUUUUGAAGGAGCGCUGAGAGCGGAAAGCAGCCGACGUCAUUUGCAUCUUUAUAUUGUCCAAUCGAAUGGGGGGAGAGGCGGGCCUUACGGUGUGUUGAGGGAAGUUUACAGUUGCUUUGAAGAACCGGAUUCCACUCGCUCACUCUCCUGAGUGUUUGUGCACCUCUCACACUCAAACAAGGUCAGAGCAAGCGCCCUCUUUUUAAAGUGUCUGCUAAUAUGACAGUUAAUAGCAAAAUAAUAUCACGCUUCAAUAUUUGAUUGACAAGACAGCUGACUCGUUGGUUGCUAGCAAUAUGAAAAACCGUGUCACACUGCUCUUUUUUUUUAAAAACGCAGUGCGUCGUGCCUUGCAUGUGAUUAUUUGAGAAAAAGAGUUUGGAACAAAAAUUAAAUGGAAUUCAUAGGGCCCUACUAGAUGCUGCUCCUCCAUGGCUUUAAAGGGACACUUCACCCAUUUACAUUAAGCUUUGUAUCGUUAGAACCCAAGUCAUGUUUUUGAAUGGUCGUGCAUCAUUUCCUCAGUUUCUGCUGAGACAGGAAAAAUACAGAUUUCAGUGUUGCACUUCCUUCUUUCAAUUAUGUUAAAAUCAUCAUUUUGCAUCAUUGAAAGCAGGAAGUCCAAUAUCUUUGUUAAGGGGGUGAGAGACUAUAAACACCCCUUUUCUCUGUCAAAUAGGCACCAAAUUCGAAAUGUAUGUUACAUUUUGACUACAAAUAUGACGCACUUUUAAUAAAGAAUGUUUCUACGGGUGAAAUGCUCCUUUAAAGAAUGAUUCUACAGCCCUAGAAAUAUGACAUCAAAUACGGAACAGGAAAGGAGAUUCCUGUGGCAGACACCCUCUCCAGAAAGUCCAUAGCAACAAAACACGCAAUAGACGCAAGAGAGAGACGCAAGAGAGUGGCAACACUGUUAUCGGAGCUCCGUCGAGUUCAUCAUCUUAAUCCUAUUUUCCUACUAUCUUGUUCCUAUCUAUAUAAUAUAACUUACUAGUUCAUCUUAGGAAUACUUUACCGUGACGAUUUUAUUGAACAGAUUGAUAAUAUUGAACAGUAUUGAUAAGUAAAACGAUCUAUCACUAGUAAACACCUAGUGUUAGCAUAUAGCCCGCUAGCAUCAACAAACGAAGUCGGCUGAAGUUAGCACUUGCUCACUGUCUGUUUACUGUAAAUCUGCCUUCCUUUUCGAUCUAAUGGCGGACUCAUCCGAUGUAUGUUUUUCAGACCUUUCCUCACAAGAGCGGGAAGCUGUGGAGGAGUUGUGUCCCGGCAUUAGCACCAGGCGGUACAGCGUGCCUCACAUCACCCUGGCUCCAGACACCCGGAGACAACCGAGGCAUGCAACGAGCGAGCACCCAUCUCGAUGCAGCUUCACGGACCGCGUUCGAGCGAACGGAGACGCCAUCGCCCAGCAUGAAAACGGUAAGACUCCGCUUGUCAUUGUAACCUGCACUACUUGCCACAUGUACAGUUUAGCUUCUUCCGUCAGCAUAGAGGGGUUUACAUGUGCUAAGUGUAUUGAAGUAGUAAGGCUGACGGAGAAGGUUGCAGAACUAGAAGCGCGCAUCCGAACGCUAGUUGAGGACAGUAAGACCGCUAAUGUUAAUGUUACGAACACUGUUUCGGGUGCGCCUAGUGUUAAGCGUAAUACACAUGGCUCGGUUCCGACUUCAAGGCGGCUGACUAACUGGGUGACUGUCAGGCGGCCUAGUCACAUUCGGCAUCCAAAUCACGUUCCUGUUUUAAUAUCAAACAGAUUUUCUCCACUCAGCAAUACACCGGCUGAGACAUCUGUUAAAGGUGCCCUGGUUAUUGGAGAUUCUAUACUCAGGAACGUUGGCAUUGAGGCACCAGCCACCAUAGUCGAUUGUAUACCGGGAGCCAGAGCGUCUGACAUUAGAUCCAAACUUAAAGUGCUGGCUAAUGCUAAACGUAAGUUUUCUAAGAUUGUUAUUCACGCUGGCACGAAUGACACCAGACUCCGCCAGUCGGAGAUCACCAAAGAUACUAUUAAAGAGGUGUGUGAAAUUGCAAAAACAAUGUCAGACAAUCAGGGGUGCAAACUCAUCAGGGGUGAAAAAGGUGACAAGACACAAGCGCUCUUAUAUAAGCGGAUACGCGGCUUGCAAGCUCCUCUUAAACAGAAACAGGUAUAUAGCGCAUAUAGCACUGUUGUCAACGGCUUAAAAUCACUUAACUUAAAACUGCGGUGCGUGAACAAAUGUUAAGCUUUAUGACCACGCGCACAGCAACGUGACGUGGGCGCGUAACCUCAAAUGAGAAAAUACUACGAGUUAAGUAUGUGCACUCAAUCUGCAGACUGCUUAAACUUCGGCAGCAAAUGAGGUGGCUAUAAAUUGUAAAACAUAACCCGCCACACUGGCUAGUAAUUUGACAUCGUUACCACAAUAGCUGGACAUGAUUUUCAUAAUUUCAUUUACUGCUACCAUGUCGCAGACCCCCCUCACCCCUCAUUUUCAAAAACUCUUCGGAUCUAGACGAAUCACAAGAAUGACCUAUUUUGUAUCAAAAAACGGCGAAUUUCGCCGAAAGGUGACAAGUUUGCACCCCUGGACAAUGUAAUUUGCUCUGGUCCCCUCCCUGCCUACCGGGGGGAUGAAACUUACAGUAGAUUAGUGUCUCUUCAUGAAUGGAUGUCAAAGUGGUGCCCUCAGCAUAACGUAGGGUUUAUAGACAAUUGGAUUUCCGGGGAAGACCUGACCUGCUAAAGAGAGAUGGCCUCCAUCCGUCUCCGGAGGGAAGUGCUAUACUCUCUAGAAAUCUGACCAAUAGUCUUAGGCCCAAUCCCAAUUCUAUUUUAUACCCCUCCCCCUUGCCCUUACUCUUGAUAUUGUCUGACUAUCCAGGGCCCAGGUCAGGAAACAGACAGAUCGGCUUACCCAUCAGUCUGUUAGCUGCCUUGACAUGUCAAGAUCACAUAUAUCCCAGCACAUAGAGCCUUUUUUACCAGAGUACCAACACAUCUCGACUGUGUCUGUUCCUCGAACAAAUAAAUACAGAGCACCGUUUACCUCGUCUCGUACAAAUCUUAUUAACAUAAAAUUAGAACACAAUACAUUAACAGAUGAAACUCAAAUGUUAAAAUUCGGCCUUGUUAACAUUAGAUCGCUUACCAAUAAAGAACCAAUUAUCAAUGAAAUAAUUACUGACCAAAACUUAGAUGCACUCUGUUUAACAGAGACCUGGCUUAAAGCAGACGAUUACACCAGUUUAAACGAAUCCACCCCACAAGACUAUUAUUAUAAACACGUUCCUCGUCUAAAAGGGAGAGGGGGUGGUGUAGCUACAAUAUACAAUAAAAUAUUCAAAGUAAACCAUAAAUCCAACCUAAAAUUUAACUCGUUUGAAAUAAUACUGUUAAAUAUGGAAAUAACUGAUCGUUACAACAAACGGCUUUCAUUCAUUUUAGCUACCAUAUAUAGGCCUCCGGGCCACCACACAGAUUUUCUUAAAGAAAUAGCGGACUUCCUAUCUGAGCUUACAGUCACUGUAGAUAAAGCUCUUAUCGUUGGUGAUUUUAAUAUCCAUGUGGAUAAUCCAAAAGAUACAUUAGGACGUGCGUUUCUGGAUGUUCUAAAUUCUCUCAGCAUUAAACAAAACGUGUCAGGGCCCACGCAUACUCGUAAUCACACACUAGACUUAAUUCUGUCACUCUGACUCAAUAUUAAUGACAUUGAAUUAUCAACCCAGAGCGAUGCCGUUUCAGACCAUUGCCUUGUGUCAUACACAAUACUUCUAGAUAGGACCGCUCAGUCUACAACAUGCUACAGAUUAGCUAGAACAAUAAUUUCCACCACUAAAGAUAGCUUUAUUAUCACUUUUCCAGACCUGUCUCAAAUGAAACAUGUAGCAGAUAACCGUGAAGAUCUGGAUAUUAUAAUAGAAAAACUUAACAACGUCUGCUCUAGCACGUUGGAUGCAGUUGCUCCGAUUCGAAAAAAGAGAAUCAAAGAAAAACCGCCCGCCCCAUAGUAUGACCAUCAUACUGCAGCCCUUAAAAAAGUAGCUAGAAAAAUGGAAAGAAACUACCGAAGCACAAAGUUAGAGGUAUGGCGUUCAGCAUGGAAAGAGAGUGUUCAACACUACAGACAGGCUAUUAAAACUGCCAGAUCUACCUAUCUUAGUACGCUUAUUAAAGAAAAUCAUAACCCUCGUUUCCUUUUUAGCACAGUUGCGAAACUGACUAGAAACAAAAAAACAAACAGAAACCAAUAUUAAACUCCAACACAAUAGUGAUGACUUCAUGAGCUUCUUUACUAACAAAAUUAUGUUUAUUAGGGAAAACAUAGAAACUACGCAAGAAGCCACCACUCUACCCAAUAGUACAUUAUCCACUAGAUUACCAAACGAAUAUCUUGAGUCAUUUAAACCUACUACAAUAGAAGAGCUCUCUAAAUUAGUAACGUCAUCCAAAUCAUCGUCCUGUAUACUAGACCCCGUUCCCACAAAAUUACUAAAAGAGGUAUUUCAUGUAGUGUCAGACACGGUACUAAAUGUCUUUAACUCAUCUCUAGAAUUACGAUACGUUCCAACAGCUUUCAAACUAGCAGUUAUUAGACCGCUUUAAAAAAAAAAACUUGACCAGGGAGAUCUUAAUAACUUUAGACUAGGGGUGUCCAUGGUUAACCGAUUAACCGUUAAAAAUUGUUUAACCGAGUGAAACAUUUUGCUCGGUUAAUUGGCAUCAAUGGCGUGCAUUAAAUUUAGUUGUAAUUUUUGCACCACCAGAGACCGCCAAGCGUUCCCAGACAUUUGUAAUGUCCACAAGAAGUAGUCAUGACCAGUUUUCUAAUAUGAAGCGGGCAAAGAAAAGCACAGCGUUCAAUCACUUUUAUUUUUCAAUCACUCCGUAAAGAGACUUAGAUAACUGCUGAUUUUGGACAUACAGAUAUGAUUUAUACAUCAUUUAAAACGUUAAAGUGUCUAGUUUUUUUUCUGUCCACUCCCAAUAAAAACAGAAUGCUGUGCUUUUCGCAAAAUUAAGAAAAUAAACAUGAUUCCCGUUUUGUUCUCUCUCCCUCAGUGAAGUCAUUUCAGAAACGCGUCAGAAAAUUAACUGUAACUUCACGAAUGCAUGUCAUAGAAACAAAAGAUAAAUGUCUACAUAAUGCUUGGAAUGUCAGCUUUUAAAUGAUGUAAGUGAGAUCGAAAACAUAUAUUGUCAUUCGGUGUAAACUGUAUGAGAAGUAGGAGAGGGACCGUCUCUCUAAUGUUACCUGAUUAUCUGUAAUGAGAAGAGAUCGCCACGCCCCCGCGCCAUUGAAGUGAAUGAGCAGAGACAUCCAUAUGCAUUACUUGUGUCUCCUGCAGUCAAUGGAUACGCAAUCCACAACCCAGUUUCUCCAUUCCUUGUUGUUUCAUCCGAUUGCACCAAAACAUGACGACAUCUAAAUCCUUAUUUACUUGCGUAUGUGUGUCAGUAUCUCCAGACGCGAGUGUUUUCUUUGUUUUUCCGUCAAACAUUUCACGCGAGGGGAACACACAUAAACAAACACACGAGUCAGGAAACUCAAUGCGGUUUUUGGUAUUCUUAUAAAAUACGCGACUGCAAGCAGUACAAUCCUUAUUUACUUGCGUAUGCGUGUCAGUAUCUCCAGACGCGAGUGUUUUCUUUGUUCUUCCGUCAAACAUUUCACGCGAGGGGAACACACAUAAACAAACACAUGAGUCAGGCAACUCGACGCGGUUUUUGGUAUUCUUAUAAAAUACGCGACUGCAAGCAGUACAAUCCUUAUUUACUUGCGUAUGCGUGUCAGUAGUCCCUUUCACACAUACAGUCUUUACUGGUAAUUUACUGGUAAAUUGCAGUUAACAUGUCAUGUGUGAACAGAACCUUUCCGGUAAAUCAGUGCUCCCAAUUUACCAGUAAGACAGGUUGUAAGAUUAACGGUAAUUUACCGGUAAGCGCUGUGUGUGAACGAAAAAUAUAGCAUUACCGGCAUUUAGAUGACGUCAGACCGCGCUGACAGAUCGGGCGGGCCAAUCAGAAAGUUUUUUAUACAGGUGACGCGGUUUCCCCCAGACUGUUUACGGACGUUUCCACACACAUGUUGCUUAAAAGUCGAGCACACCUGAAGUUAACAUCCACAUUUCUUCACCAAAGUUGUUUAAAACAGCUUACCAUCUAAUUGCCAAAUUGCCGACGUCCUUAGCACACCAUCUGUGAAGCCUAAUGUGCAAACGCGCAGGUUCCGUUUGACGCCGCCUAACGCAAUGUUGUUUGGUCACGAGCAACUUCGCGACCGUUUGCCACAGAUGUGAAAACAACAAAAUACGGACCGUGGAUAUUAAGUCAUAACCCGCUGUUUACAAAUACGACACGGACGGAGCUCGCCGGCCGCGCACAACAGGUAACUUCCGCUUUCUCUCCGAGUUUACCGGUAUUUUGAUACUGAUGUGUGAAUGAUGUCUUACUGGUAAAAAGACGGAACGUCACUGCAUGUGUGAACAGCACAUUUUUGUAUUUACUGGUAAAUUCAUGGUAAUUUACCAGAAUUACUGUGUGAAAGAGGCUAGUAUCUCCAGACGCGAGUGUUUUCUUUGUUCUUCCGUCAAACAUUUCACGCGAGGGGAACACACAAACAAACACACGAGUCAGGAAACUCAACGCGGUUUUUGGUAUUCUUAUAAAAUACGCGACUGCAAGCAGUACAAUCCUUAUUUAGUUGCGUCUAAGUGUAUAUCUCCGCACAACACGUUUAUUAAACACAGGAUCACUCGCAUGUGCACACAUAAGUUAGUGCUUUCAUGAGCAACACGUGAGGUAAUGGCGGCGGCUGUAAACAAACAUUGAGCAAGUUUAUCAUGCAAGUUUUUCAUGCUUGUCCCUUGUUGUGUUUCUACUAUAAUGAUAUAAUGAUUACAAAAACACAAAUAAGAGUCCAAACAACGAUAGGCAGUUGUUCUUUUGAGCUUUUUACUGCACACAAACCCUGUGUUCACUUUACCAUGAUUUGGCUGCUAUGGUUUUUAAAAGGUAACUUACACUUAUAAAAGGUUUUUAAAAGGUAACUUAUAUAUAUAUAUAUAUAUAAUGUUUAAAUGUGUAUUUACAUUUAAAUUGAAAAGUAAACCAUAUCAUGGUUUUACUACAGAGAAAGUUACAUUCCUGUUUAACAUCCCCACAAGGCUCAUAAUGUGGCUCAUUAUGCAACCCUUUUGUCUCUCAGCCGUCAAUCACUGAUUAUUCAGGAGCUUUCCCGCCUCCACGCAUACAGCCUUUCCCAAGCAAAAGUGUCUUAGACAUUGUGAAUCAAUAUCUUGCUUUAUGUGAAUGAGUAGGCCAAAUGAUUUUCACAUCAUUUUGAAGAAAAAACUCUAGACUACUAGAUCCUGUUUUGAAAAGUCUUGGGAAAACAAGUUUAGAAUGAGUUUUGUGGACUUAUAUCAGUGACUUAAAUUUUUUGCUUUUUCAAAAACCACGCAUAAACAUUUUUCUCUCAAAAAUACAAACAUGUACAUACCAGGGGUGCAAACUCAUCAGGGGUGAAAAAGGUGACAAGACACAAGCGCUCGUAUACAAGCGGAUACACGGCUUGCACCCUCCUCUUAAACAGAAACAGGUAUAUAGCGCAUAUAGCACUGUUGUCAACGGCUUAAAAUCACUUAACUUAAAACUGCGGUGCGUGAACAAAUGUUAAGCUUUAUGACCACGCGCACAGCAACGUGACGUGGGCGCGUAACCUCAAAUGAGAAAAUACUACGAGUUAAGUAUGUGCAGGUGGGUAUAAAUUGUAAAACAUAACCCGCCAAACUGGCUAGUAAUUUGACAUCGUUACCACAAUAGCUGGACAUGAUUUUCAUAAUUUCAUUUACUGCUACCAUGUCGCAGACCCCCCUCACCCCUCAUUUUCAAAAACUCAUCGGAUCUAGACGAAUCACAAGAAUGACCUAUUUUCGAAUUUCGCCGAAAGGGGACAAGUUUGCACCCCUGCAUACAUGUUGAUUAUAUGAUAUUGUAGCCCAGUUUGUGCUGAACGCAGUGUUAUGAGACUUUUGCCAUUAAUAUGUUUUUAAGCAACUGAAAAAAGCACAAAUGUCAGUGCAUGUCAAAACUUCCCCAGGGCCCUAAAAACCCCUUAGACCCCAGAGGGUUAAAAUCGAGAAUGACAGGGCAAAAUGCAAGUAUUGCAAUCCAGUGCUUAUACUUCAUGUACAACCUAGGGUUGCUGCGGUGACAGAAUUUUCCCACUGGUUAAUGCAUGCAGAUGUGCGCAUUUUACUUUCACUUUUGAAUUACGCAAUUGUUUAAAUGCAGCGCUUGCGUAAGCUGCAUUAAAUCCCGUAUGAAUUUGCGUGCAAUGCGAGGGCAACAGCUGGUUUAAUUAAGUGCUUGAGUCAAUGUGCGCAGGUAACAUACCUGUCAAGUUUUGGAUUUGAAAAUAAGGGAAAUUUUCCGGCGCCCACCGCGAAUAGUCCCACCACCAACCCAAACAAGCUCCAGUAUUCCUUACAUUUUAAGACUGGUGAGGGUCGGAUAAUAUUUUUUAAACCUUAGUGCUGAUAAUUGUGUUAAAAUUAACUAAACAAACUAAUUCAUUAGCAAGAAACUAGUGAAACACACAGCUCUGUGAAAACUACAUUUCAUAAGUCACACUCAUACUGUAGCCUACAUACUAUACACACAAAUUUGCAUCUGUACAAAACCCAAUGGCCUUAGUUUGAAAAGCCUUAUUUUAACUUCUUUUGCAUUAUACCUUAAUGCCAAAAUUAUUUAUAAACAA